AUGGACCCUCCAGAUACGACAGUUGUAUAUCCGACAAGAACAAAGGCCGUAUUAACCUGCAAAGCGACGUCUUCCCAUCUCUUGAUAUCCCUCGGCUUUAUUAUGAUAUUAAUUUUGGCGUGCACAAUUUACGCAUUUAAGACGAGGAAGAUCCCGGAGAACUUUAAUGAGACCAGACUGAUUGGCUUUACAAUGUACAGCACCAGUAUCCUCUGGCUGGCAUUCGGUCCGAUUUAUUUUGCGACUCAGAAUAACUUCAAAGUGAGCUUGAUUCCAUGGAUAAGAUGUAAAACGUUCUAGAUUCAAAUAGCCAGUCUCUGUUUCUGCAUAUCGAUGAGUGGGACUGUUGCCUUGGCUUGUUUCUUCUUCCCCAAGGUAUAUAUUGUCCUCUGGCAGCCUUAUAAAAACGUCCGUACUCGACAUUCAGCCGUGGGAAAGCUGGUGAAUCAGCAAAUGAGGUUCAUCAGGUUAGUGUUUAUGCGUGGCUGUUUGCUUUUUUUUUUAAUUUUUACCGUUUUAAUUUCACUUUCCCUCCAGUCAAAUGACAACCCCUCAAUCUUCGCAUCCUCCAACUCGAGGGAUCCAGGAGAUUUCCACCAAUUACACCUCCUCUUGUCAUGAAAAUUACUCCGUCCAGAAUGCAUCUUCCUGUAAGUUAUCCGUUUUAAAUACUUGGUUAUGAUCUUUGACGUUUCUUGUAAGGGCGGAGCUUCCCGGGGACGUACAGUUCUUAACCUACUGGUUUUAUUGUCCUAUCCCAUGGUAAAUAACGUCCUCGUACCGAUUUUCGUAACCAUUUACUUUGGCUCCGGGCGCUCUUUUCGGACUUAUAUAUGCCUUGGGGCAGGAUCCUUGGCGACCUCUGGCUAGUCUACACAAAGUCCGGCUGGCACUGUCCCUAGAAAUGUUUCGAAAGAUUUUGUGUCAAUUUCUUGGUGUUCAGCUUGUUAAUUUUAAGAUUUAAAAAUUCAUUAUGAGUCUGUCAGGAAAAUAAUUUGGACUUGUCGCAGCAAAAUGUCGCUAAACUGGUACAGUCACGCUCCAAUUUAUGGGCGAUUCAAGGGCUUAACUAUUCCGAAUUAUUUUUCCGACUGUUCUGAUAUGGUUUUUUGUUUGAGUUGAUGCUUACGGGAUUUUAUCAAAUUGUAAUAAAUUUCAGCCGAAGCCAGUUGCACGAAUCGUUGCAUCUCUCCUCCUCCGCCCCGUGCACCCCAAUCCACCCCCGCCCCCCUUUCCGCCCAGCCCUCAGUGAAUCCGGAUCUAGUCCAGCCGAGCAUGACAUACACAGUAAUUACGAAUGUAGCGGCGACUGUCUCUGUUUCUAAUGGAUGCCCUAAGGGCAUGAUGGAAGAGGAAGAUGGCCUCCCUUCCAUUGAUUCGUCUUCAGUCAGCUCUGAAUCUUUGUCUAAUGCCUCAGGGUCUAGUCUGAGGAGAAGAUUAAUCCAUCCGCCUGAGGCAAUGUCUCCUCCACCAGUCCAGCUGAUCUUAAGGGAAAUCAGUGAGAAUCCUUUCUCCACUUUUCUGUGAGUUUCUUCACCACCGAAGCAGCAUUUUUUCACGAGUAUAUUCAAAAAUUUUGCAGUUUUCCUUAAAAUCCGUUAUUUCGUAGUUAACGAAAAUCUGGAGAAGAUUCCGGGAACACCGCGAACGUUUUUGAUUUAAAUUUACACUGGAAAAAUGCUGCCUCGGGUCCUUUAAGAUACUGUAAUAAUUGUACGGUACUCUCCGAGUCUUAA